AUGACAACGAACGUGUGGGUAGAACAGGAAUGGAACGACUAUAAAUUGAAGUGGAACCCCGAUGACUACGGUGGUGUGGACACACUGCACGUGCCUUCCGAACACAUUUGGUUACCAGAUAUUGUGCUUUAUAAUAAUGCUGACGGCAACUAUGAGGUGACGAUCAUGACUAAGGCAAUCCUGCAUCACGACGGCAAAGUCGUGUGGAAACCACCGGCCAUCUACAAGUCGUUCUGUGAGAUCGACGUCGAAUACUUUCCGUUCGACGAGCAGACUUGCUUCAUGAAGUUUGGAUCCUGGAGCUACGAUGGAUACACGGUGGACUUGAGGCAUCUGAAACAAACGCCUGACUCGGAUCACAUAGGAAUGGGCAUUGACCUGUCAGAGUAUUAUAUCUCAGUCGAAUGGGACAUCAUGCGUGUACCCGCCACGCGGAAUGAAAAGUUCUACUCAUGUUGUGAAGAACCAUACCCUGAUAUAAUUUUCAACCUUACCCUUAGAAGAAAAACCCUCUUUUAUACGGUCAAUCUCAUAAUCCCAUGUGUUGGAAUAUCGUUCCUUUCGGUCCUAGUUUUCUAUUUACCUUCAGAUUCUGGUGAAAAGAUAUCACUGUGUAUCUCAAUUCUACUGUCUUUGACUGUGUUCUUCUUGCUUUUGGCAGAAAUCAUUCCACCCACGUCCUUGACAGUGCCGCUGCUGGGAAAAUAUUUAUUAUUCACUAUGAUGCUAGUCACAUUAUCAGUAGUAGUCACUAUAGUGGUGCUAAACGUAAAUUUUAGAUCACCAGUUACCCAUCACAUGGCUCCGUGGGUACGGAAAGUCUUUAUAGAUUUUUUACCUAAAAUAUUGUGCAUACAAAGGCCAGAAAAGCCACCGGACGAUGAUGAUGAUAACGAUAAGCCGAUCGAGGUAAUCACUGACGUUUUUGGUGGAGACGAAAUGGAUGGAAAAUUCAAAGAAUGGGGCUGCGAUGAGUACGAGCUUCCUGGAAUGCCUCCAUCCCCUCCACCUCCCCCGGGCGGAGACGACGAGCUGUUCUCUCCGCCCCCAAGCUCACCCUGCCGCAUGGAUCUGGAUGAUGGCACUUCAUCUCUAGAGAAACCAUUUGUGAGAGAGAUGGAAAAGACUAUAGAGGGAUCGAGAUUCAUCGCACAGCACGUCAAGAAUAAAGAUAAAUUUGAAAGUGUUGAAGAUGAUUGGAAAUACGUCGCAAUGGUGUUAGACAGAAUCUUUCUGUUCGCGUUCACGAUAGCUUGCGUCAUGGGAACUGCUCUGAUUAUAUUCAGAGCGCCAACAUUCUACGACAACACCAAGCCAAUCGACAUUCUCUACUCGAAAAUCGCCAAGAAAAAACUGGAGUUACUCAAAAUGGGCUCCGAAGGAGACCCGGGUCUCUGA